AAUUCAAAACUGCACGUUUACAAAUGCCAUAGCAACCGAGCAGUCGCCUCUUUAAUGAACCGCUGCCGUAGACAUUAUUUUUAUGCGCGAAUGUGAAGUUAGCAGAAGGCUGUGCUGCAAUAGCUGGAUAUUGAACACCACGAUGUGCUCCUGAAGAAGAGUUGCAAAGCAAUGAUGUCAUAGUUUUAAGCAGGAGCCACGGGAGAGCAUAUGGUUCGUACCCGCUACCGAAAGGAAGUGUUGCUUUGUUAUGAGCAGGCGGCGCUGUAGCUGGCGGAAGAGGAGGUCGCCCAGCCCAGUGUCUCUUCGUCUGGAAUAGAGAAGCCGAGGAGAAGACGCGAAAACGGUGAAAAGACAAAGCUGCUACAAUGGCCGCGAAAUCCGACGGGGUGCUAAAGAUGAAGAAGAGCGAUGUAGCAUUUACGCCUUUGCAGAAUUCGGAUCACUCGGGUUCGGUUCAAGGGCUCGCUCCGGGAUCGCAGCCGGAUUCUGGAACCGGAGAGGCGGACUUCGUCAACGGGGAGUCGCGGUGCUGUGGCUCAAAUUCGACAUGUCUCCGCCUCGGCAGGGAGCAGCAGAAAUACACGGUCUGGGACUGUCUGUGGAUCCUCGCCGCAGUGGCGGUGUAUUUCGCGGAUGUGGGCACUGAUAUUUGGCUUUCGGUCGACUAUUACCUCCGCCGCGACUACUGGUGGUUCGGGCUUACGCUGUUUUUUGUGGUGCUCGGCUCGUUCUCCGUGCAGGUCUUCAGUUUUCGCUGGUUCGUCCAUGAUUUCAGCACCGAGGAGAGCUCCGCCGGCGGCGGCGGCGGUGGCGGCGCGGCGAGCUGCUCCCACGUGGACGGGAAGCUGCUCAGCUGCUCCGCUUCGCACGGAGACGUUGUAGCCCACCCGUCUACGCCUCAAAGACAGGCGUCCACGGCGAGCAAGAGCAACACCACAAGCAACAGCAGCAACAGCGCUACUGCAGCCCGGACUAGUAAGACACGCUCAGCGUCCUGUUCCCUCUGUAUCUGGCUGUUGCAGUCCGUCAUGCACAUCUUACAGCUCGGACAAAUCUGGAGGUACUUCCACACCAUCUAUCUGGGCAUCAGGAGCAGGCAGAGCGGAGAGAAUGACCGCUGGAGGUUCUACUGGAGGAUGGUGUACGAGUUUGCUGACGUCAGCAUGCUCCACCUACUGGCCACAUUUCUGGAGAGCGCACCUCAGCUGGUGCUCCAGCUCUGUAUCAUCAUACAGACUCACAAACUCCAGGCUGUGCAAGGGAUGACAGCGGCUGCUUCUCUGGUGUCUCUGGCCUGGGCUCUGGCCUCCUACCAGAAAGCCUUGCGUGAUUCCCGCGAUGACAAGAAGCCCAUCAGCUACCUUGCCGUCAUCAUCCAGUUCUGCUGGCACUUCUUCACCAUCGCCGCUCGCGUAGUGACCUUCGCUCUCUUCGCCUCCGUGUUUCAGCUCUACUUCGGCAUCUUCAUCGUGCUGCACUGGUGUAUCAUGACCUUCUGGAUCGUACACUGCGAGACCGAAUUCUGUAUCACCAAGUGGGAGGAGAUCGUCUUUGACAUGGUAGUGGGAAUCAUCUACAUCUUCAGUUGGUUCAACGUGAAGGAGGGACACACCCGCUGCCGUCUCUUCAUCUACUACUUCAUGAUCCUGCUAGAGAACACGGCCCUGAGCGCGUUGUGGUACCUGUACCGCUCGCCGCCCAGCACAGACGCCUUCGCCGUGCCCGCUCUGUGCGUCAUCUUUUCCAGCUUCUUCACCGGCAUCGUCUUCAUGCUUAUGUACUACGCUUUCUUCCAUCCCAACGGGCCUCGCUUUGGUCGCUCGGCCAGCCUGGUCCAGCUCGAGGACCCUACUGCUACCUUCACGCUGCCCCCCGAGGGCGCCACCAACUCCCUGCGCUCCAACCGUGGAGGUACGCUAGCCAGGGACGCUGACCGCGAGGCCAAGUACAGCGAGAGGGAUGGUUGCAUACCCGUCUUUCAGGUGCGGCCCACCGCACCCUCCACACCUUCCUCCCGUGCCCCGCGCCUGGAGGAGACAGUCAUCAAAAUAGACUUGUGCAGGAAUCGCUACCCUGCCUGGGAGAGGCACGUACUAGACAGGAGUUUACGUAAAGCCAUCCUGGCCAUAGACUCAUCUCCGACCCCGCCGCGCCUCCAAUAUAAAGACGACACAUUGGUCCAAGAGCGUCUGGAGUAUGAGACCACCUUGUAGCCUGCGCUGUGGAAACACACAAACAUUAACACUUUACUUUCCACUUGAAUAAACAGCAGGACUGUGGCAAUAACGUUCCUUGCAUACAUAGCAUCUAGUCAUGAUGUUGAUUGUCAUGGACAAGCAAAUAUAGGCACAACAUAUUUGUGGACGAAUGAAAUAAUCAAUCUUUUUUAAGCCGUUCUCUCGUUGCUUUUUAUUUUGUAUUACUUCUGUUUUGUCAGGGAAUAUCUGGGUUUCUAAAAGUCAUUGCACUGGCUGAUAUAGACCACAAACCCCUCGGUCCUCCUCAGUGUUGUACAGACCUUCAUUCCCAGAAUUGAUCGUCCUCGAGCCGACGUCUCCAAGAGGACAUCCAGAACACUUCAUAGUUUGUCUCUUGCAGCAAAUGCAAAACAAAGGCCUUUCCCUUUGAAACCACGCAUCCAGUGCACACAAACCAACCGACUACCCACCGCACUGGAGAAACAGUGGUCCAAAUAUCACGUUGAUGGUACACAAAUAAAAAAAAAAUGGCUGAUUAGACUCGAGACGUCCUUGUUUAGGGUGCUGUAACCUAUUAGUAGUGUUUCAUCAGCAGUUCUGUACCAGUGCCAAACGCUCCACUCACACUGACUGAACACGCUGAACUGUGGCUCGACCACAUACUGUAUAUAUAAACAGGGCAGCAUUUCAACCAUCUACUUGAAUCCUGUACAAAGAAAAAAGACGAGAAAAGAAAGUAUGCGAUCAGUCCAAGCCACUUGGGACAACAAAACAGGGAGAACACACACUCGUUUUUGUCUUCGGGAGAAGACAAUAGGCCAAGAAAACACUUCCUGGCAGCUCCCUUUGGCGAUCCGGCCUCAUUCACCUCAUCGCUGUGGGCUGACAAGGAUCCGUUUGGUUCACAGCAAAGUGGGGGGCAAAGACCACCACAGUUCACACAGUGUCCGCCAAACUGUACUCGACAGAACCUGGAUGCGCUUCAUCUUCUAGGUUAAAGAUACAGUGUUCUUCUAGGCUGGGUCAAGUUUUGGUGUGUCUGUAUCGGUACAGUAAAAUAAGUUAAAGGCGCACAAAUAGACAAUAAACGGGGUCACUUCUCAACACAUCCGGAAAACCGGCGAAGUGUACUAUUCCAAACUCUGCAGUGUGAUCAAGACUUUCUCCAUCAGGCUCUUCAAUUGCCAACUCACGGUCUACAAAUCAAAUUGUCAGGGAUAAGUAGUCUGCGACAGAGUACAGACUAGCUAAUGUGCUCCGAAUUACGCUCCGGGCCCUAUGGUUCAACAAAUCACAUCUGCCUAAAAGAGCACUGUAUCUUUAAAUCAGCCAAAAGCAUCCUUUAUAUAUGAAAGAGUUGGAGUUUUAAACUUUCCGUUCAGUUGCAAGUGCUUCUUUGUGUCUUUAUGUCGAAUAUCCGAAGGAGAUGUGGAGGUGAGG